AUGGCCGAGUUCGCGAGUCAGCCAGAGCCCACGGCCAUCGUCGCCGACGACCUCAUGCGCGAUCGCGCUCGUCAGUUCGUCGAAUUCCUCGAUGAUGAGGCCAACUACAACUACCGCGAGUCCAUCCGCCAGAUGUUGGAUCUCGAACAAAACCGCCUCAUUGUCAACCUCGACGACCUCCGUGAUUAUGACAGGACUUAUGCCGACGGCCUCCUCCUGAAGCCGACCGAGUUCCUGCCGGCGAUUGAGGCUGCGCUUCUUCAACUCGUCCAGGCUCUUCAUGAGCCUCACAAGCACGACAUUGCCGGCAAGGAGUACCACGUCGGCUUCCGCGGCUCCUUUGGUCAGCAGCACUGCAACCCGCGAACACUGCGUUCGAAUCAGCUGGGCAAGAUGGUCUCGAUGGAGGGUAUCGUGACACGAUGCUCCCUCGUCCGUCCCAAGAUGCUCAAGUCGGUCCACUACUGUCCUCCGACGUUCAAGUUCCACUCCAGGACGUACCACGACCAGACUAUGAUCCAGCCAUCCUCCACUCUGACCGCGUCGACGACUGUUAUUCCCCAGGAUGAUGGUGAGGGACACGCGCUCCUCAUGGAGUACGGUCUUUCCACCUUCCGCGACCAUCAGGCUAUCAACAUUCAGGAGAUGCCUGAGCGCGCUCCUCCCGGACAGCUGCCACGCUCCGUGGAGGUCGUCCUUGCCGAUGACCUUACAGACGUCUGCAAGCCUGGAGACCGUAUCCAGCUUGUCGGUGUCUACAAGUCGCUUGGUGGUGGCCAGGGCACCCGCGGUUUCACGACCCAGCUCAUCGCCAACAACGUCAUCCUCCUGUCCUCGAAGCAGGGUGGUGGUAUCGCCCAGGCUCCCCUCACCGACACCGACAUCCGCAACAUUAACAAGAUCUCCAAGAAGCGCAAUGUCUGUGAGCUCCUCUCGCAGUCACUCGCCCCUUCGAUCUACGGCUACGAGUAUGUCAAGCGGGCUAUUCUCCUCAUGCUGCUCGGCGGCGAGGAGAAGAACCUCAAGAACGGCGGUCACAUCCGUGGUGACAUCAACGUCCUCAUGGUCGGUGACCCCUCGACCGCCAAGUCGCAGAUGCUUCGAUUCGUUCUGAACACGGCUCCGCUUGCCAUCGCCACCACCGGUCGAGGAUCCUCGGGCGUCGGUCUGACUGCCGCCGUCACCACUGACAAGGACACUGGUGAACGUCGUCUCGAGGCGGGUGCAAUGGUUCUCGCCGACCGUGGUGUUGUGUGUAUCGACGAGUUCGAUAAGAUGUCAGAGGUUGACCGUGUCGCUAUCCACGAAGUCAUGGAGCAGCAGACUGUCACCAUCGCCAAGGCUGGUAUCCACACGACCCUCAACGCCCGCUGCUCUGUCGUCGCGGCCGCGAACCCGAUCUACGGCCAGUACGACGUCCACAAGGACCCGCACAAGAACAUUGCACUCCCCGAUUCGCUGCUCUCGCGUUUCGAUUUGCUCUUCGUUGUCACCGACGACUGCGAUGAGCAACGUGACCGCAAGAUCUCGGAGCACGUCCUCCGCAUGCACCGUUACCUGCAGCCUGGUGUCGAGGAGGGUACGCCGGCCGUCGAGAACAUCGACCAGCACCUUGACGUUGGAGGUGAUGUUGAGGAGUCACGGACGACUGAGACUCCCGUGUUCGAGAAGUACAACCAGCUCCUCCACGGCGGUGUCACGACAUCCUCUGGCCGAGGAGCGAACAAGCGAAAGGAGGUCCUCUCCAUCGCGUUCGUCAAAAAGUACAUUCAGUACGCCAAGUCGCGUAUUCACCCUAUCCUGACUAAGGGUGCUGCCGACUGGAUCGUCGGUGUUUACGCCGCCCUCCGCAACGAUGACCUCGCCAGCAACCAGAAGCGCACUUCGCCCCUGACUGCUCGUACCCUCGAAACUCUCAUUCGUCUCGCCACUGCCCACGCCAAGGCGCGCCUUGCCACCCAUGUGGACGAGCGUGAUGCCAUGGCUGCCGAGGAACUUCUUCGCUUCGCCCUGUUCAAGGAGGUUAUCCGCCCCGAGCGCCGCAAGCGAAGAAAGCUCAACGCCGGCGGCCACGCUGCUGGAAGCGACAGUGAGGAGGACAGCGAGGAUGAGGAGGUCGAGGAGGAGGAGGGUGCAACCGAGGGCGAGCGUCAGCGUGCUCGCGAGAAGGCGAAGCGCAUUGAGGGCCAGACGCCGCGACCUCAGCGCACGACGCGAAGCACCGCAGCCGAGCGCGAGAACAGCAUGGACGUCGACGACGACGAGGACGCUGCCGCCGCCGAGGCCGAGCUUGCCACUGCUGAGGCCGAAGAGGCCGAUGCACCUUUCGAGGGCACACUCGGCGCUGACCGUCUCAACCUCUUCCGCGAGCGUCUCUCGGCUGCCUUUGACGCAUACGGCGCCGAGGGCUUCCUCAACUUUGGCGAUCUGCUGCCGCGCAUCAACGAGGAGCUCGACAACGCCGACAUGUUCGGAACAGGAGAGGCAAGGAAGGCCCUCCAGGAGAUGUCGGACCGAAACGAGGUCAUGUGGUCCGAGGAAACUAGCGAGGUGUACAAGGUCUAA